GUACAGCCUCCUUGCUCUUGAGGUUCCGGCUGAAGUGUGUGGUGGUGAAGCAUGACCUCACAUCGGCCACCGAGAUCCCCCAUGUGAAGAACAUUGAGAGGGAGCACGUGUCAUUGAAGACUCAUAAACUGGUGUUGAAUGAAGUUGUUGUUGACAGGGGGCCAUCUUCAUAUCUCAGCAACCUUGACCUGUAUAUUGAAGGCAGAAGGGUCACAACAGUACAAGGAGAUGGACUGAUCAUCUCCACACCAACAGGCAGCACAGCCUAUGCCGUGGCAGCAGGUGCCUCAAUGAUACACCCCAGUGUGCCUUGUAUCCUGCUGACUCCCAUCUGUCCCCACUCAUUGUCCUUCAGACCCAUUGUGGUGCCAGCCGGAGUUGAAAUAAAGGUGAUACUAAGUCCAGGGGCCAGGGGCACAGCGAUGGUCUCUUUCGACGGCCGGGACAGACAGGAGAUCCACCAAGGAGACAGUUUGAGAAUCACCACAGCAUCCUACCCUGUGCCUUCCAUCUGUGCUGCCGACCAGAUAGAAGACUGGUUCGAUGGCCUGGCCGUCUGUCUCAAUUGGAAUCUCCGCCUCCAGCAACGACCCCUGCAGGUCUCCAGCAGCGUCACCUCAAUCGACUCUCUGGACUCUGAGUCAUCAGU